AUGUCAGGAGGUGCAGUGUCCAGUUGCAAGGUCGUUUUGGCCAACAACAUUGCCAAAGGCCUCCUGGCCGAAGUGCAAGCCGGUCUGGCCAAACUAGAUCGAAAACCACAUCUAUUGGGAAUCCUGGGCAACGAUGACCCUGCAGCCAAAGUCUAUGCAGAUUGGACCGAGAAGACGGCCAAAGAGAAUGGGUUCGACUACACGCUGCGACAGGUGGCCAAGGACGACGUCGAGGAAACCAUCAUCGCCGGAAACAACGACAAGGACAUAGACGGCAUCAUUGUCUACUAUCCCAUUUUCAACAACCGACAGGACCAGUACCUACAACAGAUUGUCGACGUAGGAAAGGAUGUCGAGGGCUUGAGCCAUCAGUACAUCUUCAACAUGUAUCAAAACAUCCGUUUCCUGGACGACUCGCAGGCCAUCAAAUCCAUUCUUCCCUGCACGCCGCUGGCCGUCAUCAAGAUCCUCGAGUACCUGCACAUCUACAACACGAUUCUGCCGUAUGGCAACCGACUCUUCGGCCGGACCAUUUGUGUCGUCAAUCGCAGCGAGGUGGUGGGGAGACCGCUUGCGGCACUCUUGGCCAACGACGGCGCUUCGGUCUACAGUGUCGACAUCUCAGGAGUUCAAAUGUUUACUCGUGGCGAGGGGAUCCGAAAACGAAAACACGAGGUUGUCGAGAAAGAAGGCUGGAGUUUGAAGGAUUGUGCUCCGCUAUCCGAUGUCGUCAUCACCGGUGUUCCCGGCGACAAAUUCAAAUUUCCCAAUCAUCUUUUGAAAGAGGGUGCUGUUUGCAUCAAUUUCUCCAGUGAAAAGAACUUCACCCCGGAAGUCAAGGAGCGAGCGUCCAUCUAUGUUCCCGCCAUUGGUAAAGUCACCAUUGUCGUACUGUUACGAAAUCUUCUACGCAUCGUCCAGAACAAGCAAGCACAAAUCGAACAUGACUCGACCGUUGAUGCUCAGACUGAGACUCUAGAUGUUUAA